UCGUUAAAUGUCCCAGGUUUAUCGGUGGCCGGAAUUGUAAUGCUUAACACUUGUUUCCCUUUUCUUAUAAUCGUCUCUCAUCAAAUGUCUGCGUUCUCUGUUUGCCCGAAGGUCCGUGAUGUUUAAACACUUCACCAGCUAGCGUUAGAGAGCUAACAACAUUAGCGGAACUAAAUGCUGAACUACCCGCUGUACAUCCGCAGUGUGCCCACUCAAAAUGAGCUGAAGUUUCACUACACCGUGCACACCUCCCUGGAUGUGGUGGAGGAGAAGAUCUCAGCAGUGGGCAAAUCUCUGGGAGACCAGAGAGAGCUGUACCUGGGUCUGCUCUACCCCACUGAAGACUACAAAGUAUAUGGGUAUGUAACCAACUCCAAGGUGAAGUUUGUCAUCGUUGUGGACUCGUCAAACACAUCAUUGCGGGACAAUGAAAUUAGAAGUAUGUUCAGAAAAUUGCACAACUCUUUUACCGAUGUAAUGUGCAACCCAUUCCACAAUCCUGGGAACACCAUUCAGUCAAAGGCCUUCGAUGGCAUCGUAUCUGGAAUGAUGGUGCAAACUGGCUGACUACUCUUCCACCCCAUCGUCUGAGUCUCCACUGUAUAGAACCCCCACCCCUAUUAUGUUGCCUUGAUUAAAUACAGAAGUAAUAAAGCAUAAUUGUUGCUGCACAAUUGA